CAGACGUCCAGCAGCUGAUGGGUAAUCCAGAAGAAGUUUCCCCUCAGUCAGGGGGGAGCUCCACUUUGAAGCAGGAGACUCCACAACCACCCUGCAUUAAAAAGGAAGAGGAGGAACUCUGCAUCACUCAGGAGGGAGAGUGUCUUCUAGGACGAGAGGAAGCUGAUUACACCAAGUUUCCACUGACUAUUGUCUCUGUGAAGACUGAAGAUGAUGAAGAGAAACCACAAGUAGACAACCUCUUAGCUCCACUAUCAGAUAGUGAGGCUGAAGACGAGGUUGAAGAACCUUUGGGCAGCGAUACAGACUGUGAAGGUGAUAUGAGGACUCACACUGACAACAAACACUCUGAAUGCUCUACAAAGAAGAGAGGUGAAACAUGUUUGAGCUGCUCGAUUUGUGCUAAAAGUUUUACUAAAAAGAGCCAUUUGACUCGACACAUGAGAACACACACAGGUGCAAAACCAUUUAAUUGUUCAGUUUGUGGCAAACGCUUUGCUCGAAAUGGCAAUUUGACCCAACACAUGAGAACACACACAGGGGAAAAAACAUUUAAGUGUUCCGUUUGUGGCAAAAGCUUUUCUCGAAAUGGCAAUUUGAGUCAACACAUGAGAACACACACAGGUGAAAAAAACUUUAAUUGUUCAGUUUGUGGCAACAGCUUUUAUCAAAAUAGCUCUUUGACUCAACACAUGAGAACACACACAGGAGAAAAAACAUUUACGUGUUCCGUUUGUGGCAAAAGCUUUUCUCGAAACAGCUCUUUGACUAAACACUCACGAACACACACAAGAGAAAAACCAUGUAAUUGUUCAAUUUGUGGCAAACGCUUUUCUCAAAAAAGCCAUUUGACUGAACACAUGAGAACACACACAGGAGAAAAAUCAUUUAAGUGUUCCGUUUGUGGCAAAAGAUUUUCUCGAAGUAGCAUUUUGACUAAACACAUGAGAACACACACAGGAGAAAAAACAUUUAAGUGUUCCAUUUGUGGCAAAAGAUUUUCUCGAAAUAGCAUUUUGACUAAACACAUGAGAACGCACACAGGUGAAAAACCAUUUAGCUGUUCAGUUUGUUGUGCAAGCUUUUCUCAGAAAAGCUCUUUGUGUCAACACAAUAGAACACACGGUGGAGAAAAACCAUUUAGUUGUUCAGUGUGCUGUAAAAGGUUCACACAUAAUGCAGACGCAGUAAAACACGUAAGAACACACAAGGGAAAAUAAACAUCAAUCCCAUAAAAAAGUGCCAACUUUUACUCCUCAGACUGAUUGAAAUGCAAAUCAGAGACAUAUGAACAAUUAACCCCCAACACAAACAAUCUAACCCCCACCUCCCUUGACAUUCGGGCAAAACAGAUUUGAUCCGGCCCGUGAGAUGAAUUUGCAAAGAGUAAAAGUAAAACUGCUGUUUUAGUUGUGUCCACUGGAUGUCACUAUUGCAAUUCUCUUAGGCAAGCUUGUAGUUUGUUCCGGGGUGAGCAAGGAUACCAAGCAAGAGGUACACAGUAAAGCG